AACCGUCACUGUCUUACUGAAUUGAACACUUGCAUCCUCCUCCACCUCCACCGCGCCGAUGUCCCGCCUCCGCCACUCCACCUCCACCGCGCCGAUGCCCCACCUCCGCCUUCUCCGCUGCCGCUCCUCCUCCAUCUCCACCUUGCCGCCGUCACGCUCAUGGUCUCCCGUCACCGCCUUUGCCGCGGCCACAGAGCGCGUCAGCGCUGGGACGCUCAGUCCGGAAGACGCACACCGCCUGUUCGACGAAUUGCUUCGGCAGGCCACUCCGGUCCCCGCGCGCUCCCUGAACGGCUUCCUCACGGCCCUCUCCCGUGCGCCGGGCACCGGCGCCUGCGGAGACGGCCCCGCCCUCGCCCUCGCCCUCUUCAACCGCACCCGCCGAGAAGAGGCCGGCUCCCGGGUGGUGCCGUCCACAAUCUUCACCUACGGCAUCCUCAUGAACUGCUGCCGCCGCACGCGUCGUCCGGAACUUGGGCUCGCCUUCUUUGGGCGCGUCCUCAGGAUGGGCCUGAGGACAAACGUGGUCGUCGCCACCACGGUCCUCCAGUGCCUCUGCGGCGCCAAACGGACAGAUGAGGCCGUGGACAUCCUGCUACAUCGGAUGUCCGAGCUCGGGUGCGUGCCUGAUGCCUUCUCAUACUCCAUUGUUCUGAAGAGCUUAUGCGAUGAUGGCAGGAGCCAGCGGGCACUCGACCUGCUCCACAUGUGGGAGAAAGAACGAGGUCUCUGCUCCCCCAACGUAGUGAUGUAUAACACGGUCAUCCAUGACUUCUUUAAGGAAGGUGAAGUAAGCAAGGCAUGCAGUCUAUUCCAUGAAAUGGAGCAGAAAGGGGUUGUGCCUAAUGUGGUGACAUAUAGCUUGACCAUUGACGCGCUGUGCAAGGCCAGAGCUAUGGACAAAGCACAGUUGUUCCUCCGGCAGAUGAUUGAUAAAGGUGUUCGACCGAACAAUGUGACAUAUAAUGUCAUGAUCCAUGGAUAUUGCACUCUGGGACAGUGGAAGGAAGCGCGUAAAAUGUUCAGAGAAAUGACAAGACAGGGUCUCAUACCAGAUAUUGUUACUUGGACCUCGUUCAUGGCCUCUCUUUGUAAGCAUGGAAGAACCAAAGAAGCUGCCGAAUUCUUUGAUUCCAUGACUGCCAAGGGCCACAAGCCUGAUUUGGUCAUGUAUCAUGUUCUGCUCCAUGGGUAUGCAACCAAAGGAUGCUUUGCUGAUAUGAUUAAUCUCUUUAAUUCAAUGGCAACCAAGGGUAUUGUACCCGAUCGUCAGGUUUUCAACAUUUUAAUUGAUGCACAUGCUAAACAUGGAAUGAUGGAUGAAGCUAUGCACAUAUUUACUGGAAUGCAGGGACAAGGAGUGUGUCCAGAUGUAUGGACCUAUUCAACUCUAAUAUCUGCACUUUGCAGAAUGGGUAGGCUGGCUGAUGCCAUGGAUAACUUCAGUCAGAUGAUUGGUAAGGGAGUACAACCGAACACAGUUGUUUAUCACUCCCUAAUUCAGGGUUUCUCUACACAUGGUGAUUUGAGGAAAGCAAAGGAGUUGGUUUAUGAAAUGACAAACAAAGGUAUUCCUUGUCCAAACAUUGCAUUCUUCAGUUCUGUAAUGGACGGUAUAUGCAAAGAAGGAAGGGUUAUGGAUGCACAUGAUAUCUUCCACUUGGUUACAGACAUAGGUCUGAAACCUAACAUCAUUACGUUUAAUACGCUGAUUGAUGGACAUUGCUUAGUCGGUGAGAUGGAGAAAGCAUUUGGAGUACUUGAUUCCAUGGUAUCAGCUGGCAUUGAGGCUGAUGUUUUUACAUAUAAUACACUUGCUUAUGGCUAUUGUAGAUGUGGAAGGAUUGAUGAUGGGUUGAUUCUAUUCAGAGAAAUGUUGCAAAACAAACCUAAACCCACAACAAUCACAUAUAACAUCAUACUGGAUGGGUUAUUUCGUGCUGGGAGAACAUUUGCUGCAAAGAAAAUGUUCGUUGAGAUGAUCGAAACGGGAAUAACAGUGAGCAUUUCCACAUACAGUAUAAUACUUGGAGGACUUUGUAGGAAUAAUUGCUCUGACGAAGCGAUCACCCUAUUUCAGAAAUUAGGAGCAAUGAAUGUGAAGUUUGAUAUUAAAAUACUCAAUACCAUGAUCAAUGCCAUGUUCAAGGUUCGGAGAAGAGAAGAAGCUAACGGUUUGUUUGCUGCAAUAUCAGCCAGUGGGAUGGUACCUAAUACUUCUACCUACAGCGUAAUGAUAGGAAAUCUUCUAAAAGAAGGAUCAGUGGAAGAAGCUGAAAAUAUGUUCUCAUUAAUGGAGAAGAGUGGUUGUGCUCCAGACUCUCGUCUUAUAAAUAAUAUCAUCAGAAUAUUGUUGGAAAACGGUGACAUCGUCAAGGCUGGAAAUUAUAUGUCUAAAGUUGAUGGCAAGAGCAUCUCACUUGAAGCUUCAACUACUUCGUUGUUGAUGUGUCUCUUUUCAAGUAAAGGGAAAUAUCGGGAACAAAUCAGUUUGCUCCCUGUAAAUUACCAAUUUUUCAAUGGAGUCGGUUGAUGCACUGGACUAGCCAGAUAAACAUUGGCAAUUUGGCAUGGUUUGGAGUUCCCUCUCAAUGAUGUCGACAUGAGUUCUCUUCCAUGCGCUCACAAGAUCGAGCUGUGUGUUGGUGCCACCCCAGCGUUUUGGCCUGAUGCAUGCCGCUGCUGGGCGUGCAUCCUAUGGACAUCGCCCCUAAUCUGCAUGCCAUUUCCAUGCUCAAGGCAUUGCCUUGAUGUUGUUUUUCCUUAUGUUCGCUAGAGGGAGCAAUGUGGCCAGCGAAUUUCACAUUUUCUUCUCUGUUGAUAGCAGAACUCAAGUUGCAGUUGAUAUAAAGACCUUCAAUUCAUUCCAUAUAAAUUUGUCGCAUAUCUUGUUCCUUUUUAUUAAUUAUAUUUAUUUGGAAUUCGAUCAGGUACCGUAGAAUGUCGCCCAUAUUUUGGACAGAUCUCAGUUGACUUCUCAAAUUUUGGAUUUGUGUCAUCCAAGCACUCUCAUUUUAUCUUCCUUGGGCAAAGUUCUUGUUACAUUAUGCACUUGUGUCAUCCAAGCACUCUCAUUUUAUCUUCCUUGGGAAAAGUUCUUGCUGAAUUAUGCACUUGUGUCAUCCAAGCAGUCUAAAAUGAUUUACUAUUUGCAGCUUCUUUAGACAUAGUGCGUUGCAGUAUGUAUUAACUUCUUUUUUUGUCCACUAAUUAAUCUUAAACCUUCCUUUAUGGCAGGCAACCAAUUGUCUUUGUGGCAAUGGAUACAUAAAGAAGUACUCAACUGGUCCUUUCCUGAAAAAUGCAAACUGUUUGAGGUUGGAGCUGGCACUGUAGUGAGAUAAGAAGAAUGAUAAUUAGCUCUUCAAAGAGGACUGAAACUAUUCUUUUGUCAGUCAGGUGUUGGUUGCAUAUUUCUAACUAGAGGCAGCGCUGCCUUUUUCUACAUUGAUUUUUUUUUUCUUCAGAUGGGGCUAUAAUGCACUGAGAGCGAGUUGUCCUUCCUUGAACUUGAGCUUCUCUUCUUCCUGCUGGUGGAUAUUAGUCUCGAUGGCUUUGCCCAUUUCUGCUGGCGAUGGCCUCGACUACACCUUGUUGGCCCUUUGCAGCACUAGGUUUCUCUUCACAGCCAGCAGGCACCUUUGCAAGGAAUCCCAAUGGGACAACGACAUCAUUCAUGUAUGGCGGAAUAGAGGCUUCCUCCUGUAUUCAUGUCUAAGAAGAGGGCCUACUAACUCAUGGGGGAAUAUAUUGGGCCCACAUGUGGCCAUCAGUGGAGUUGAGAUGUACUAUGUCUUCUCUUCUCCCAAACCAGGCCGAGCUUUGUGAGCCCAAAGCCUGGGAGUUUAUGGUUGUAUUUCUCAUCAAGGAUGUUGGGGGACUUGAAACCUCGGCAGAUGACCGGCUAGUUCAUUUUCUCAUUGCGGUGUUCGAUCCCCCUAGCAGUUAUGUGGGCUAUCUUCAUCCUGAUAUGCAACUGAGUGGUAUUUAAUCAGAAUUGUUAUCUACAAUGAUGCCAGUUCAACUUAUAAAUUCUUGUCCUCGUAUCGUAAAUGAUACACCAGUAGCCUUUGAUCCUCUGCGCAGUAUCCUGAUAAGCUCACCAAGUUUGAAUGGUACAAGAGGCUGAUCAUCAAGAUCUUGACUGGGAACUCUGUAGCCUUGAUGUCAGUUAAGGUCUAGUUGCUUCACAGCUACAGGCUGUGAAUCAAUCAAAAGUAAUAACUGAAGCAGCGAGGAAUUUUUUUGCAAGCCAGCAAGACUGUAUCUGAAGAAUGUUUAUCAUCAAGGCGUUAUUGUAUAUACCCGGGCAUUUGCACGGUGGCCCUUGUCGACCCUGUCCAGCCACCAUCUCCCAGAACCAGAAGGCAGUCGAAGGCGGAAGUUCUUGGUGGCUGUCGCCAGUUCACGGAAUUUGAAUGCCGUUGCACUUUUGGCCAUGGCGGAAGUUUCUGGGGGUUCACUGUCUGCUGUUAUUUCUGAUGAUUGUUCAUGUUUUGGAGACACAGACGAUGGCUCACUCCAACACUUGGUGAGUGUCAGGAGCAGACUCCACGGUUCUACCGGAUCCCUCGUGGAGGGGCGCUCCAAAAUGCAUCGAGACGGCGGCGCUCGCAACCAUUCAUAGGCUUGAAGCAUUCGUAUUGGAUGCCAUCUUCUUCUUGGGCUUGAAGCUUGAAAAGCACACUUUGCAUUUCAGUGCUGUAUAAAUCCUUCAACCCCUCUACUGUGAAGAUCAUGUGUUAGCGGGGACGACCGUAUCAGAGCUUCCGUUUGUAGUAGAUGUUUUGAACUUCGACCAGUCGGUCUCUUCCAUCUACAAAAUGACAAUGCGCGCG